UACUCUUUGCAUCUUUUUCAAGCUGUUCUGGAGGCCCGAUAAUAAGAAAUGGCAGAUGACAGGAGGGAAUUGAAUGAGACAAAUACCCGGGGAACUGAUUGGGAGGUUGUCUCCCUCACUGCUUCCACUUUCGCUGCAGCACCUGGUCCUCCAGAAUUUGAUCCUACAGUGCUGCAUAAAAACGAAGAGUUCAACAAAACUGAACAAGAAUGCUCUGAGGCAAUGUUCAUGUCCAAGCACUUCAUUGUUGCACCCCAUGAGUCUGAAAAACUUCCAGCAGAAAAUUACAGCAGUGAAGUUUAUAAAGAACAAAGCAUUCUGGAUGACAAUAUUACUGAACCUCAGAAGUCUAAUAAAGACAGUUCUACGAUAGACACAAUCAAUGACCUACAUGGAAGUCAUCUAUUUGAUAUGGGAUGCAGUCUCUCAGAUCACAGUAUGAAUUUGGGAUAUGGAAAGCAAGAGGGAGAUCUGAAAAUGGUGGAAAUGGAUCAUGCCUUAUUUGUCUCUCCUAAUGAAAUUUCCUUUGAUGAUGGGGCUAAUGUGAGCCUUCCUGUCAUUCACGAUGACAUCUCUGACCUUGCUGAACCCAGAAACCCUUCUCAGGAGAAACUUGAUUAUCCUUCUUGGCGAGCACAUGGUUGCAAGCCAAAUGAGGAAAAUAUCGAUGAAAGCUUUGAUGAUUCUCCUGAAUCAUGGUGGAAGAAGCGGGCAAUAUCUGCAUACAACCAUGCCAAGGGGACGAACACGUUCUGGUCCAUCUUUGUCGCUGUGGCAGUGGCAGGACUUGUUAUACUGGGACAACGAUGGCGGAGAGAAAAAUCACAAUUUCAACAAUUUAAAUGGAAGUUUAUCGGUACUGGAGAGGUUGGAAAUUUUCCAUUUUUAUAGCGUUCUCCGUCUAUGACCUGUUUUUUUUUUUCCAUGUUUUGCAUAUCCUAUGCUCUGUUUUUAUAAAUUAUAAGAUUGUUAGGUUUAAUAUUCUUGUUCUUUAAUGGUUAUUUGCUUGUCCCUUUUGAGGAUAGAGGAAAUGUAGGUUU